AUGUCCGAGGAAGUUCGAGAUAUUUCUAACUCCUCGUCACACAGACCGUCUCAAGCUGCUAAUCAGAAACCACGUAAAGACAAAAGUGGUUUGAAAAAGGCAGCAACGGACAGAAUAUCGAAGAACAAAAUACGAAGAGAGAAAACUAAUCCCAAGCAGAAGACGUCGAAGCGGAUUAAAAAACAAAAGCAAGACAUCAUUGAUGCUGAAUCUCCCUUCCACCCGGCGUUCCAGAGUUGUCGAUCUGUAGACGAGUUCCAAUAUCUCUACAGAAUCGAUGAAGGAGCAUUCGGAGUUAUCCAUGCAGCCAAGGACAAACAGACGGGAGAACUCGUUGCACUGAAACAUCUAAAAAAAAUAAAUGAAAGAGAAGGAUACACCAUCGCCGCUCGGAGAGAGCUUGAGAUAUUGCAUAAAAUGCGACAUCCUAAUAUCGUCGCAGGCCGCGGACUAGCGUCGACUCCCAGCAACGAACAAGUGUUUAUAGUCAUGGAGCUUGUUGACUACGACCUUAAAGCUUUCAUGGACACAAUGUAUAGCAACAAGCAGUUGUUUUCUGUCGAACAUGUGAAAUGCCUUAUGAAGCAACUGUUGAGGGCGGUGCAACACCUUCAUGACCAUCACGUGAUGCAUCGCGACCUCAAAACAAAUAACAUUUUGUUGUCCAAAGAAGGUGUCCUGAAAGUGGCAGAUUUCGGGUUGGCCCGAGAAUAUGAAUUCCCUCCUCGGCAGUAUACGCCAGACGUAGUUACGCGCUGGUACCGUGCGCCAGAAAUUCUGCUUCUUUUUAAUGAUUACUCCUCUCCUGUCGACAUGUGGAGUGUUGGGUGCAUCUUCGCUGAGUUGAUUACCUUGUGGCCACUGUUUCCCGGCACAUCUGAAUUGGAUCAGAUGACAAAGAUAUUCAAGACUUUGGGGACGCCCUCAGACUCAAUUUGGCCGGGUUACAGCGAAUCGACAGUAGUAAGAAAUCUUAUAUUAGACGACUAUCCUCCGGGCGGGUUGCGCAAAGAAAUAAGUCAGGAGCUGCUUUCAGAAGUAGGAAUGUCUUUACUUCAAAGCUUUUUGACAUAUGAUCCAUCAAAAAGAAUCACAGCAGCCGCUGCUUUAGAGCACGCGUACUUCAAUGAGCAGCCCGUGGCGGUGGAGCCGGCCAUGUUUCUGGAGUCACCCGCCCGCAGCGCUGUCAUGCCCGGGUGA